CGCUUCAGGCAGUCCUGGUGAGAGAAAGGGGAGCCAGACUGCGGGGCUUUAGUUUGCAGCAUCUCUUUCUCUUUUCAGCGUUUUGCUCUUUGAUUUUUUUUAGCUCGGCUCUGACUCUACUGCGGUCGUUUCUGUGCGUAAAAGUUACUCGCUGCGCUCUAGGUGUCCACGCGGAUAGGACAAAGUUUUUGUGCCACGUUUUACAUCGUGGGGUAGCUUCGGUCGAUUUUGUUUUGGAUUUUUUUUUUUUCUUCCCCCCUUCGGGACGGAUUUGUGCAGAGUGUCAGUUCCGUGAAGUCUCUCGGGUAGUCUGCAGAUACCAGAAUGAUACUCCGGGUCCUCACCUUGGCCUGCGGUCUCUACUGCUUUGGUCUUACCUCCGUUACUGCAGACGUAUUAGCAGCCGAGGCUUGGCUGCAGCAGUAUGGCUACCUGCCUCCAGGUGAUGUCAGAGCCCAGGCCAUCCGCUCACCAGACACCAUUAGAAAAGCAAUAUCCGCCAUGCAGAAGUUUUAUGGAUUGACCGUCACCGGCUCCGUAGACGCCAACACAUUAGUAGCGAUGAAACGACCGCGAUGUGGCGUUCCCGACAAGUUUGGACCAGUGCUGAAGAGCAACCUGAGGAGAAAGAGAUACGCUGUGCAGGGUCUGAAAUGGGAAAAGUCUGAAGUGACUUUCAGCAUAGAGAACUACACCCCAAAAGUGGGCCAACGUGGCACAUUUGACGCCAUCCGAAAGGCCUUCAAGGUGUGGGAGAAUGUCAUCCCGCUCACCUUCAGAGAGAUCCCCUUCAGUCAGAUCAGUGGCAAACCUGACAAGUACGCAGACAUCAUGCUGUCCUUUGCAGAGGGAUUCCAUGGCGACAGCACACCGUUUGACGGCGAGGGUGGCUUCCUAGCUCAUGCUUAUUUCCCCGGUGCAGGCAUCGGCGGCGACACGCACUUUGACCUUGCCGAACCUUGGACCACCGGGACGGCCGAUCAGGAAGGCAAUGAUGUUUUCCUGGUCGCUGUCCACGAGCUUGGUCAUGCUUUAGGUCUGGAGCACUCCAACGACCCCUCCGCCAUCAUGGCCCCCUUCUAUCAGUGGUUUGACACUGAAAACUUCCAGCUCCCCGAUGAUGACCGCAGAGGAAUCCAGGCAAUUUAUGGCUCAAAAUCUGGGGCGCCUCCUCCUCCUCGUCCCACUAAACCUUCCAACCCCGACAAGCCGGAUUAUGGCCCAGACAUCUGUGAUGGACAGUUUGACACCAUCGCUGUCCUCAGAGGGGAAAAGUUUGUCUUUAAGGACAAUUGGUUUUGGCGUAUGCGCAACAACAAGGUGCUGCCUGGCUACCCGAUGCCCAUUAGUCACUUCUGGAGGGGCCUGCCAUCAAACAUCAAUGCUGCUUACGAGAGGAGUGAUGGAAAAUUUGUCUUCUUCAAGGGUAACAGGUACUGGGUUUUUAGUGAGUCAACUAUGGAAAAGGACUCUCCAAAGAGCCUGAAAGACCUGGGAUCUGGCCUGCCCGAAGAUAAGAUCGACGCUGCUCUUUUCUACACGCCAACAGGACAGACGUACUUCUUCAAAGGCACUCAAUAUUACCGCUACAACGAGAAGACUCGCACAGUGGAGAAAGAUUAUCCCAAACCCAUCAGCAAGUGGAGCGGUGCACCAGAUAACAUCAAAGCAACCAUCAUGAGUGAAGAUGGAUCUUACACUUAUUUCUACAAAGCCAACAAGUACUGGAAGUUUAACAACCAGUACAUGAAGGUGGAGUCCGGCUACCCCAAGUCCGUGCUCAGAGACUGGAUGGGCUGCGAGAACGAGGAGCCCAAGAAGGGUCGUAAAGAGUCGGAUUCAGAGAGCUGGGCCAAUCCCCUGGCCGUGGUCAUCCCCGUCCUCCUUCUGGUGCUGGUUGUGAUCACCCUGGGAGCGCUUUUGUUCUUCAGAAAGUACGGCACGCCCCGGCGCCUCCUCUACUGCAAGAGAUCCCUGCUGGACAAGGUGUAGACAGAGCAGCAGGUAACCGACAGACUGCCGCAGAGGGACAGAAAGAGACGGAACGAGGGCCGAGCGAAGAUGGAAACUGAGAGGAGGAAGAAGAAGAAGAGAGCAGCUGGAGAAAAACCUGAAGACAUGAGAGACAGAAGGGGGAUGAUUUUUUUUAAGUUUUUUGGGUGGUUUGUAAGUGCCACAAAAGGGGGGAAAAAACAAUAAAGGCCCUUGAAACUGAAAUCAGGAAAAUGUAUAUUUGUAUGUUACUAUUUACAUGUACUGUUCUGUGUUGAGAGGUUAAGAAAAUACCCACAGUCUCACAUAGAGGAGGGAGAUAUACAAAGACUCAUCCUCAGCUUCCCUCCCACCUCUCCCCUCUGUCCCCCAUCUCGUCCCAUCCUUUCCUUUAACUGGACGACUCCACCUGAACUGCUGUCUGAUUCGUUUCCAAUUCUGAAAACUGUGUUUCUGUUUGACUUUUACCAAGAAACUCAUCAUCUCUGUUAACAGUGUUGGCACUUAAAUACAUUUGCUGUCAUUUUUAUUAGGAUUUUUUGGGGAGAUUUAGAGUUUCAACAUGACUUUUCCCUCUUAAAUCAGUAUUUUGCUUUUCUUUUAUUACCAAUAUCAAAGCCUCAGAAGUAUGACCUCAGUACAUGAUGAUUAUGAUGCGUCUACAGCAUCCAAGAUUUCAAUAUUCUCUCCUCAUUUUAGACAGUUUUAGUAAGACAACGUGAAGUAUUGCUUCUGUUUACAACAUUUACAAUUGAAGAUCUUUGUAUUCAUCUUUAAUGGAAAAAUUUGUGUUUUGGGGAGUUAGUGUUUUUUCAAAGAAAGGUACUUAAAUAGGCCUGGUGCAGUCAGUACUUGGGUGUCACAUCCUAACAGGACUCUCUCCUUGUUACUGUUAGAUGGAUGUAAUGGCACUCUGUAUAAAAGCACAUUUCCUGUGCACAGUGUUAGUAUUGGCUGAUGCAGACUUAAACCUUCUGACGUUACAUGAGGUCUAAAAACGAAAUGUGGUACACGAGCACAAAUCUUCUUUUUUUUUUACAUUCAAACUUGCAAACCAAGCUCAGUGCAAGCAGUCAGAUGGUAAAGAUUAUGUUUUUAAAUGUGAUGCUUUAUCUCAUAAAUGACAGGUUUUUCUCGAAGACUUCAGUACAUUAAUGUUAAAUACGAGCAGAGCUGCAACAACACAGUGCAAUUUUUAAUUAUGAUUGUUUUUAUGGAAAAUUGUUGUUAUUAUAAGUAUGAUUAUUGUUAUUAUUGUUCUCUAGGAAAAGUUUUAAUACUUUUAGUUUUGUUGUUUUGUUUUGUGCAUUGUCAUUUGGAGUCCUGCUGGACAGAGGCAUAACAUGACAAUGAUGGAAAUCAAUCCGAGUUUACAUCCAGAGUGAGGAGAAUUAGAUCAGAUCAGGGGGGUGAAUGUGAUAACAAGGAUUUUUUUUUUUUUUUUUUAAAUUUGUGAUACCCAAAAUGACCCAGAUGUUGGCAUAAGCAACUCUAUUUAUUGAUGCAAAUGGUGCUAGAUGAUUUUUUUUUUUUUUUAACCAGUCAAAUCUAAAGGUAAAUUGAUUUAAUUCAUAACAAUGAUAAUGGUAAUUAUAUUUAUAAUGAUGAUUUUU